AUGGCAAAGGCUCCAGAAGAAGGAGUGAGUUUGAUAACUUUGAAUAAAGAAAUAGAUCAAUAUUCAACUGAUCCACAAAUUAUCCAAUAAAUUGAAAAGCAUUUUCAAGAUGUAAUAAGAGAUUUUAGUACGGAUCCCGACUUAGAAUUAUUUAAGAUAAAAUAUGAAACUCUUUAUAAUUCACUCAAAGAGAGUUAUGAAAAUGAAGUGAGAUGGACUAAGAAGUAUAUUGAGGGAAAUAUUUUAGAUGUAAAGAGCAUAAUUCUGAAAUAAAUGCAUACUCUACUCGAAUUCAAACGUUAUUAAAAUUGAUUAAUGAUGAUAAUCAACAAGCAGAAGGGUUUUAAAAAGAAUUGGAAGAGAAGUGGAGAAAAAUUGAAGAUCUAAAAAUUAAAGAGAAGGAACUUAAAGAGAGAAUAGUUUAAGCAAAAAUUGAAGUAGAAAAUGUAAAUUAAUUGAAUAAUUACUUAGUUAAAAAAAUAAUGCGAUAGAGUAGUCGAGGAUAUUGAAGAGCAGAGUUAAAUACAAUUAAAUGAUAAAAAACGAUUAAUUGAUGAAAUCAAGAAGAGUAUGUUCUAUAUAAAAUAUUUUAGAUUUCUAGAGUGCUAAAUCAAAAUUUGAAUAUUUAGAAUAACAGAAUAAAAAUUUAAAACAUGAUCUAGACAAUGAAGAGAAACAAUAUUCAGAUUAACUUUAAAAGAUUAGUGAUUUGGAAGAUAAAAUUGCUAAAAUUGAUGCAGAUUCAAAAGAAUAAGAAAAGAGAAAGAAGAAAAAAGAAGUAAAAAUGGCAGAGAUCAAAUAAAACAUUGACUUAGCAAAAAAGGAAAUUGAAGAGAAGCAAUCCAGAAUUCACGAUGUUAAAAAAUAAAUAGUUGCUACAAACAAUACUAUAUUAAUUAAAAUCAAAGAAAAAGAGAGUUAACAUACAAAAUAAAAGGAAGCUGAAGAUAAUAAUGCGGCUGCCUUAAAGGAUAGAUAAAAUCAAGAGGAAUAAUUAAAAAGCUAUAAAGAACAAAUAAAAAUAUAAUUGGAAUAGUUAGAGAAAUUACAAAUAGAAAUCUAAAAAGAAAAGAAGGAAGUUAAGAAAACACAUAAAGAAUAGGAAAUUACAGCUAAAGAAAAAAAUAGAAUUAUAAAGGAAAAGGAAGAAUAACUAAUUGAAAAAGAUACAAAAGAAAUGUUAAUUGAAACUGAGAAGAUUGAAUUGCAGUAGAAGAAGGAUGUAUUGGAUAAAAUAAAUGAGAUGAAUAGUCAAAGGAUUAAAUCAAGAACAUAAUAACAGAAGACUUUAAAGAAACAAGAAGAUGUUUAACAUUAGACUGAUGAAGAGAUAGUGAAUAAAGUUAAUAAAUUAAAGAAAGUGGAAAAUUAAGUCAUGGGAUACGAAGCUAGUAAUGAAAGAAUUAAUAAAAUGAUCUUAUAAUUAUAAAGAGAAUAAGAAAAGUAUGGUAUUGAGGCUUCCUAAGCGCAUGCUAAGUUUUAUUAGACAGUAGAGGAAGUUAAAAUAAAAAAUAAUUAAAUAGCUGAAUAAUAGAAGUAAAUUGCUGAGGCCGAGGCUAGAUUGAAACAUUAAUAAUAGUUGUAUGAAACCGUUAGGAGUGAUAGAAAUCUAUAUUCCAAAAAUUUAUUAGAGAGUCAUAAUGAAAUUUAAGAACUAACAAAGAAAUAUACUAGAAUGAAGCAUUAGGUGGAUUAAUUAAAAGAAGAAAUUAAAACAAAGGAUUAGUAAUUAGUAAAGGAGGAUCUUGAAUUUCAUAAAGUAGAAGAAGAAAAUGCUAAAAUUGAAUAAGAUAAGGCUAAGGUUGAAAAAAACAUUAAAGCUGAUGAAGAUUUAAUCAAAAAUUAAGAAAGUCAUAUUUCAAGAUUAAAAAACAUUAUAUAAGGAGCUUAGACUGAAAAAUAACGAUAGCAGAAGGAUUAUGAAAUGGUAGUGAAUGAAAGAGACAUUUUAGGAACCUAAUUGAUUAAAAGGAAUUAAGAAUUGUAGGUUCUUUAUGAGAAGAUCAAAUUAAAUUAAUCAAGCUUAAGUAAGGGGGAGAUAAAUUUCAGAGAGAGAGAAAUUGAGUUGAAAAGCUUAAAAGAUGAAUUAACUAAUUUAAGAAAUGAAUUAAAAGUAAAAACACUUUAUUUAAUAUAAGUCUACCUAAGAUCAAACUGCUUGCAUUGAUGAGCUGAGAAAGGAGAUUAAUAAUAUCGAAAAAGAAUUAUUAAACGAAAAGAACAAGGUAAAAGCCUUAUCAGAUGAAUUGGAAAAUCCAAUGAAUGUACACAGAUGGAGAAAACUUGAAGCAACUGACUAAGAAAAUUUUGAGAGAAUUCUAAAGAUUUAAACAUUAUAAAGAAGAUUGAUAGCAAAAACGGAAGAGGUAAAUGAAAAGGAAAAUUUAAUCAAAGAAAAGGAAAAAUUGUUUAUGGAACUCAAAAAUAUAUUAUCAAGAUAACCAGGUGUGGAAAUUCAUCAAUAACUUGCUCAAUAUAAGGAAUCUUUGAAAGAAAAUGCAGCUAAAAUGAAGACGACUUUAAGUUAAUUAAAGCAGAGUUAAGAUUAUGUAAUAGUGUAACUUAUCAAAAGGUUGACAUGCUGAAAUUCGAAAUUGAUAGAAUGAAGGGAGACUUACAAGAGAUGAAAAAAACAUACUUUUAAAUGAGAAAAGCAAAGGAUAUUGUAUUGUAUUCAUUUAAUUUAGGACUUACUUUAAAAUGACUAAAUCGCAGAGUAAGAAGCACCUCAAUAUAAUGGUGGUUCCAAUUAAAACGACCUGCAAUAGUAUGCAUUAUUUGGAGUUAAUGCCAAUAGAAUUGGAAAUUGA